CCUCCUCCUCCUCCUCCAUGCUCCGAGCUCCCUCUCCGCUCUUCCAUGGCCGCUCCUCUCCCUCGCUUCGCCACCUGCCCCUCCUCCUCCUCUCUCUCUCCUCACCGCCUCUCUUUCCCCUACCACCGCCGCCUCCAGUGUCGCCCCGUGCUCCGCUUCCUCUCCCGGGCCUGCUCCCCCGCCCGCCGCCCCGCCGCCGCCGCCGCCUGCGUCGCUUCUUCCCCCAGGAAGUCCAGGUCCGGGAGGAAGACGAAGAGCAAUGCGGAGCUGUGCAGCGACGUGAAGGAGUUCUUGGCUUCCGCGGGGCUUCCGGAAGGCCACGUCCCGUCCGUAAAGGAGCUGUUGCAGCAUGGAAGGGAUGACCUUGCAUAUAUUAUUAGAAGGAGGGGUUACAAACUCAUCAGAGAGCUUCUUGCGAACUCAGAAGACAUGAAAGUCUAUGUAUCUGACGUGGAGAUAAACAUAGCUGAAGAAAAGGAAGCUAUCAUUGCCAAUGAAGAAGAAUCAGAAGGUCAGAAUGAGCAUGCUGGCUAUUUGGAUGAAGAAAAUUCUCGGUCUAUUGGAAUAUCGGUUGAGGAGGACUACUUUGAUGAGGUUGAUAUUAAUUCAUCAGUUGACGAUGCUGGCAAUAGUAACAUGGACAUUGAAACUCCCUUUAGUCUGUCUAUGAAAGAUGAUACCACACAGGAUGCGGUGGAAAGUAUGAUUGAAGAUACUCCUUCAUCUAUGGAACUUCAAAUGCAGAAGAAAUCUCUGCUAGUGUAUGGGGAACCGGAGAACUCCUCUAAUAACAAUAUCUUCAUGCCAGUUGAAACUUCUACUAACUUGGUCACAGUGGCCAAGGACUCUACUACUUCAUUAAGUCACUUUGAAUGGGUUAGCUCUACUUCUGUGGAGACAUCCUUGACCAAUUCUUCCGAUCAUGGUUAUACAUGUGUUGAACCAUGUGCUAAGCCAUCCGUGGAGGAGAAGGUAGCAAAAUUUAUGCAAGAUGGAUAUCUUGAACCAGUUGAAGAUCAACUACCUGAAGUACCUGGUGAGAUUGAUGAUGGAGAAAACCAGAGUUCCACUGAGUGCGAUAUGAGUAAGCCAGCUGCAGAGCCUCAGCUGGAGAACCAUAAUGGGGAGCAGUCAAUACAUGUGCAUGAGGAAAGCAAUGGUGCUGUAACACCUAGUAUGAGUAUGGCUAGACAGUUCUCUCCUGCAAAAGUACAUUCUUCUUUCAGUGAGUCAUCAGCUGAAGAAUUGUUUGAUGCUGAUGUGGGCAACAAUUUGGAUGAGGAGAAAAGAAAGCAGGAGAACCAAGCUGAGAUUAGUCAUCUCAAAUUUAUGCUGCAUCAGAAGGAAUUGGAAUUGUCUUGGUUGAAGGAACAGAUUGAAAAGGAAAAGCUUGCUCUGGGAAUGUUGCAAACCAAGGCUGAGAAUGAGAUCAGCAAAGCCCAAAAGGUCAUCUCAGAAAAAGAAGCAGAACUACAGGCUGCUGAAGAGAGCCUUUCCGGGCUUAAAGAAGUUAAGAUAGAAUAUUCUGGCAAUGGUGAUAUCGUGGAGGUGGCUGGUGGCUUCAAUGGCUGGCAUCACCCGAUUAAAAUGGAUCCCCAUCCAUUAGCCACUGCAACAGACACUGUUGGAUCAAGGAGAUCUACAUAUUGGUCAACAAUGCUGUGGCUUUACCCUGGGACAUAUGAGAUAAAAUUCAUAGUUGACGGCAAGUGGACGGUUGAUCCCCAAAAGGAGUCAGUUACACGGGGUGCAAUAUGUAACAAUGUCCUUCAGGUCGAUAGAUGAUAUGGUUGAGGCUGGCAGUUGAGCAUCAUAUCUGUACACAUGCCCACUUCUGUGGUAUAGACUGUGGAGCGACCAAAAGGUUGCUGAUGAAUGACAGUUGAAUCAUUCUUGCACGGUGGGAGAACUUGGUCAAGGUGCCCAUAUUUGUGAAGACUGGCAAGACAUGCGGGAUCAUAUGGCUCUUUGGAUUCGUGCAGCCAUUUCUCUGUGCAGGAUGAGGACCUGGGUAGUAAUGCAGACCAUGUCACGCUCUAAGCAGAUAUCAACUCUCCAAGACACUCCGAGCGUGGGGGCAGGCGCAUCUGUGAGUCCACAGCCAGUGAUCGACUGCUUUUUCCAGUAAUGAAAUGGGCACGGCAGCUAUCGGCUAAAUUUGUCCAGUGAAUCAUUUGGAAAUGGCAAAAUGAGAGAGGUUGUAGAACAUUGGCCUGCGUUUUGGUUAGCAAAGCGUUUGAUUGCGAAAGCAUGUACAGUCCGUCGCGCCCAGGCCAGGCAAUGAGAUUUUCAGCGGAAGCUUGCAUAUGUGGAACCUUUGUAUAGUAGUAAAAAUUUUCAGUUCACGGCAAUAAUCAAUAAUCCGACAUCGAGUUUGCUA